AUGGUAACAUGUGCAAAAAGCAAAACCCCUCCAAAGAACUGCGAAAAUUCGAUGAAAGGAAAACUAGCCAAGGGUGCUGUAAGUAAACUUUUAUUGUAAUUUAUAGAAAAUUUAAUUUAUACUGUUUCAAAAAAAAAUUUUUUAAUAUUAUUUAUAUUGUACUAGGCCAUGGUUCGCACUGUGCAACGAUAUUUACAGUUUGAAAAAGAAUUGAAUAAAUAAAGUAAAGAAAAGUUGCCGGUUUAAGAUAAUAAAAUUUAUGCAGAACUGCUGACCUGUAAGCUUUCUUUGUAACACUUGUAACGGUGGGGUUUUGCAGAAAGCCUCCGAUCCCCCAAAAGAUGCCAAAUCGGAACACGCGGCCGCCAAGAAACAGAACGAGGCCGCGAAGCCAAACGACGAAGCCAAACAAUCCAACCAACAACCCGGUGGAAACAAAGGCGAGCCGGUGGGCGAGGCUAAGCGGGAAAAGACUAAGAUCAUCACUUUGGACCAUCAGAUCGACGAGAAACAUGAUGAGACUGGCGACCAACCGCAGACUCAAGAGACCCUGGACAGCGAAAACAGCGACCAGAAGCAGGUGGGAGUUGAAAAGACACAGGACGUGGAAGAGGAUGAUGCUGCCCAAAAGACACAGACAUCGGAAAAGUCGGGCAAAGUCAAGAACUCCGUUAAGAAAGCGCGAGAUGUGGACAAGUCUUUGGUAGAAAAGACACAGGACGUCGAGUAG